CGGAGCGGAGAUGGUGCCGCUGGUGCGGGGCGCCGGGGGCUCCCACCAGUGGCUGGCGAUCGUCUUCCUCGGCCUUUGCUGGUUCCUUCCUCCCGGGAGAUCGGCCGCGCCGGGAGGAGAAUUCCCGGGCUCCGCCGUGGCCAGUCUGGUGGUCAGGAAAGGGGACACGGCCGUGCUGAGGUGUUACCUGGAGGAUGGAGUCUCCAAGGGGGCCUGGCUGAACCGCUCCAGCAUCAUCUUCGCGGGCAGUGACAAGUGGUCCGUGGACCCGCGCGUGUCCAUCGCCACGUCCAACAGGAGGGAGUACAGCCUGCAGAUCCAGGACGUGGACGUGACGGACGACGGGCCCUACACCUGCUCCGUGCAGACCCAGCACACCCCCAGGACCAUGCAGGUGCACCUCACUGUGCAAGUGUCUCCCAAGAUAUUCCGGAUCUCCAGCGACAUCACCGUGAACGAGGGCAGCAACGUCACCCUGGUGUGCCUGGCCACGGGGAAACCGGAGCCCUCCAUCUCCUGGAGACACAUCUCCCCCUCCGCCAAGCCCUUCGAGAGCGGGCAGUACCUGGACAUCUACGGAAUUACCCGAGACCAGGCUGGGGAGUACGAGUGCAGCGCAGAAAACGAUGUCUCCGUCCCAGACGUGAAGAAAGUAAAAGUCACAGUGAACUUUGCCCCCACAAUUCAGGAACUUAAAUCCAGCGGUGUGAUGCUUGGAGGGAACGGCCUGAUCCGGUGCGAAGGUGCAGGAGUGCCUGCCCCGGUCUUUGAGUGGUUCAAAGGAGAGAGGAAACUGAUCAAUGGUCAACAAGGAAUCACUAUUAAAAAUUAUAGCACGAGAUCCCUUCUCACUGUUACCAAUGUGACAGAGGAGCACUUUGGCAACUAUACUUGUGUCGCUGCCAACAAGCUAGGGACGACCAAUGCCAGCCUGCCUCUCAACCAAAUUAUUGAGCCUACUACCUCUAGUCGUGUCUCCAGCCCAGCUCCCAGCACGGCCCAGUACGGGAUCACCGGGCACGCCGAGGUGCUCUUCUCCUGCUGGUCGCUGGUGUUGACGCUCUCCUCCCUCAGCAGCAUAUUCUACCUGAAGAACAUCCUUCUGCACUAAAUGCAAAGACCCAUAAAAGGCUUUUAAGGAUUCUCUGAAAGUGCUGAUGACUGGAUCCAAUCUGGUAGAGUUUGUUAAAAGCGGCGUGGGAUAUAAUCAGUGCUUACAUGGGGAUGAUGGCCUUCUGUAGAAUUGCUCAUUAUGUAAAUACUUUAAUUCGACUCCUUUUUUUUUUUUUUUUUUUUUCUUUUUUUCUUUUUUUUUUUGAUUAGCUGCAUUACCUUGUGGAGCAGUACACAUUGUCCUUUUUUAAGACGUGAGAACUCUGAAAUUACUUUUAGAGGAUAUUAAUUGUGAUUUCAUGUUUGUAAUCGACAAGUUUUCAGAAGCAUUCAGUCAUGGUCUGCUGAGUCGCAGACUGUAGUUUACAAAAAAAGAAAAGGAUAUUGCAGUAAAAAUGUGCUUCUUUAAGGCUGCAAUACAAACAUUCAGCUCCCUUCUCAACUAGCAUUCUAUCCAAACUUACACAAAAACAUUUGUCCUUUUUUGAGUAAAAAAAAAAAAAUCAAAUAACAUUGCCUUCAAAAUAUUUCCUCAAAAUAUUACACAUAUCUAGAUUUACUUCUAGCAUGAUAUUCAGGUUUCAAGAAUGAGCCUUGUACUAUAACUGCAUUGCGCAGUACUGCUUCUGUUCUCUUCCCUCUUUCCUGCCAAUUCAGCAUGGUUGUGCCUUCAUGAAACACGACUUUCCUCUUCCUCUCCAGCCAAUCUGGAAUGUGUUUUGGGAAAUGCUGAAGCAUCCUUUUGAGCGUGAGGAAUCCCCCGGUGAGGACAGAGGUGCUCUGAGGAGAGGCUCCUCUGCAGGAGCAGGGCUGAGCUCCAGGGCAGCACCAACUCCUCCCUGUUCCUCCCUCCUCCGCCACUGACCAGUAGGUGACCUCUGUAAAAACGACAUUUCCCAGUUAGAAAACGGAACUCAAAUUGUUUUGUGGCAUCUUCACAAUGUCGGGAUGUUCCCCUGAAGCCAAGUUCCCACCUGGCUGGAAAGGCCGGGAUCGUCCCUUUCGUAUCACUGGCAAAGUGAACUGGUGUUUUUCUUGCACUCACUUUUGUACUGGUUUGGCUGAUUGAGCAAUGAUAAAGGAUGCUUUGAACCACGAGACACCUGCGAAUCCCUGGAGAAUCAGGCAGAAUUUCUAUCUCCACAUAGCCCUGUGGCAGCGAGGGUGCUCCUGCUGAGGGGAUGUGGCCGUCCUCGGGAGAGCCACCAGGACAGGCUUGGGGGGACCUGGACAGGCUUGGGGGGAGCUGCUGUCCCCUGCCAGCCCUGACACACCAUCCCCGUGCUGCAGCCCUCGGGAGGACACUGCUGGCACAUGCUGAAGGAUCAAGCUCAGAAAUCGAAAUCCCCUUUAUUCCUGUCAGCCCUGGAGUGUGGAGCGCUGCUCCCAGCUCAGGCCUGACUGAGAGCUGCCGCCUGUGGGACUCACUUUGGUACCCGCGGCCAGCAGCCCUUGGACACCGCAUCCCCUGGUGGCCCCAACAGCUCCUGAUGUGCUCACAGACAGCUGCUGACAGCAGGAAUAACAAAAUCGUUAUCACAGCGUCCCAGGCUGGCUGGGGCUGGGAGGGACCUCAAAGCCCAUCCCAUCCCUUCCCACCCCAGCCCUGCCAGGGACAGGGACAGGGACACUUCCACUAUCCCAGGCUGCUCCAGGCCCCCUCCAUCCUGGCCUUGGGUGGGACAGCACCACUUUCACUGUGAUCGUUCCCAGGUUCCGUGUGUGAGCUCCAGCAGGUGACACAAAUUUCCCAGCUCCCCGUUCCCCUCCCUCACGGCGGGGUUUUGGCAGUGGGCAGCACCAGCUGAGAGCUGGGAAUACCCAGCAGUCCCAAGAUCCCCUUUUUUCAGCAAGGAGGACUCCGAGUUUUCUGUGCUCAGGCUGAGCAGUCCCAGGUCAGUGUGCAGCCAGAACGUGCAGGGCCUCUGCUGUCCCUGCUGAGGAGGGGCAGAAACAGAGAUGUUCACUCCAGGAGACGGCAGCAAAACCUCCUGGGUGACUCUGCCCGUGCUCAGUGACACACUGUAUUAUUUCUCUUCUUAUUUACAGCCAUGUGCCAAGCAGUUGCUGUUUUCAGAAACGUGGCAUUUUUUAAAACCUGGAAUAACAUGAACAAACCCAUUCUGCAAGGAAAAGGUCCGGACUCAGCUCAGCUGAGUUUAUCAGUCCUGAUAUCCCGAUCUCUCUUGUAUUGCAGCUUUAAAGUGCUCUAUUUUAGAAUCCAUUCACUAGAAACAGUGGUGCUGCGGGAAGUCUUGUGUCAGUGCAGUUUUAUGGAGGAAAAAAAUAAGGAUGUGGAUAACCCAACCCAUACGUGUAAAACUGGGAGCGGGUUCUAUACUGUGGCUGGAUCAAAUCCUGCAUUCCAAUGAUACAUUGCAUUCCAGUGAUUCCUAAUAUUUGGAACCCGAUCUUUCCAGCAACAGAAUAGAAUGAGCGGCAGCUUUAUUAAAUAUUGAAAAAAAGAAAGAAAAAAAAAAAAAAGAAUACACGGUGAAGCGUUGAAUGUUUGCAUUCGCACCAGGGAGAGCCACUGGGUGACACGGAGGAGAUAUCCCGUCCCACCUUUGAUUUUCCCUUGGGAGGGGACACCCCCCUUGUCAGGCCCAAAAAGGAGAACCCACAACGCCAGCAGGGCUGGGAGCCGUGUCUGGGCGCCGGGGGUGUGUGUGCGAGGCAGGAGCGUGCCGGGCAGUGCGAGGGGCAGGGCACAGCCGGAGGCUCUGGACUCUGCAGCCCGGCUCAGCGCAGGGCUGGAGCUGCAGCAGGGUGGGGAUGGAGACAGCAGGCUCGGGGUGCCCCGUGCACCCAGCUGGGCUGGGAUCCCUGCUCCCAAAACCAGCAGAGUGGCCACGGCCACCGCCAGGACCGGAGAAUCUGGGCUUGGAAGGCAGCACCUGGUCACGCUGGGGUGCAUUUCGGGAGCUUUGCUGUGUGCUUCCCCGGAGCUCUGACCCACCCUGCCGGGGUCUCGAUUCCCACCUUCCCAACACGAACAGCAAAGCUUUGGCUGAGUGUUUCCAUCAGGGCUGUUGCCCCCGUUGGAGCCCCCCGGGCUGGGAGAGCCCCCCGUGCAGGGACUCGGGGCUGUGUCCCCGCACAGUGACACUGCUGUCUCACGGCUGCUGGCCCUGGAGCUGCGCUGACACUCGCCCCAGGGACGUCUCACAGCUCGGGAACAAAUGCAGUUUCUCCAGGGUUUGUAGCUUGGCAGGAUCCUUCAGAGCCAGACAGCUUUUUUUAAACUUUUCAAUAGGCUUUUUUUAGAGUCGAUGCUGUUUUUAAGAUCCAGGAGUGUUAAACCCAUCCCAGUGACGGCUGCUUUUUUUGCACAUUUUCUGAACAAGUGUUCGAAACAGACAAUGGCAAAUGUUCUGCUACCAAAACCUCCAGUGAGUCCACAGAACUGUGUUAUGAAGAAUGUGUGUACCAAAAUAUGUAUUUACAUGGAUAAAUAUGCCUUAAAGACUAAAUAUGCAUUUACUUCUAAGGCUGGAUCUGCCUCGUGCCCAGUCUGGAGGUAAAUAAUCCAUAUUUCACAGCUGCCAUGGAGGGGGUUGUUUCCUUGGAGAAAAAAAACAAAAGGGGGGAGGAGAGCAUUUGUUUAAAAAGAAUCUUCACUAAUUAUAAAGACCUUGCAUGAGCUGCCAUGUGUGAGGAGGAGCGGGGAGAGGAUGAAGCCAAGCCUGGCACCCCAGCGCUGGCAGGGUGGGGUUUGCUGCGGGGCUGGCAGGGCUGUGGUGCCACCAAAAACUGCCACAUCCUCUACCCUGUCCCCCUGCACACCCAAAUCCCUGGGAGCUGGGACAGAGUGCGGGAUCUGGGAGGUUCCCAGCCCCACAGGGAUGUGGGAAUGGGAAUGGGAAUGGGAGUGGGAAUGGGAAUGGGAAUAGGAAUAGGGCCACCGACCCACACCCUCCUGCCGUGCUGCAGUGGCAAUGCAGGGCCCUGUGAAAUGAGGAAAUGCUGACGAAGAAAGGGAAUGUAAAAAACGGGAAUUACAAAUUGUCCCUCCAGCCUUAGUACUGGGAGCAGAGGAGUCAGUGUCGGCAGGGAAGGGAGGAACUGGCUCUGAAUCUUGCCCCGAGCAAGCGGGGAUGUGGUGGACACACCCUGGCCGUGCUGCGGUGGGGCUGGGUUCGGUCCUUGUUUGUGUUCCUUCUCUGAGCUCUGCGGGCAGGGAUUCAUUCUGCAGUCAGGAAAGUCCAUAAUCCACCUGGAAACAGCCAGGGCAAGGCAGCGGCACAGGGGUCUCGGGCUGAUGGGGAAGGGAUUCUCAGCAAAUCCUGCUCUCGGAGUUCUGUGUGAGCAAGGGCUUUACCGGGGCACCUUCAGCGCUGUUUGCUCCGGCUCCUGAUGCCUAAUUCAUGAGGAGAUCCAAGGUUCCUUUUUAUUAGAAAAUUCCCGUGUUAAAAAAUGCGGAGAUCAGCACAUUUGCCACCUCUCAUAAGCUUAGUUUUCAGUCAUCCAUAUUUUAGGGCGUGUGAAGCGCUCCUGUCGGUCGGCAGGACGAAAACCCGCAUUAUGGGAUGAGGGAGGAGCGCUUCCCACCCGCCCUGGCUGCUCUGCCCUUGGCUGGGAUGAGCUGGGAGAGGCUGUGGGGUCCCUGCCUGGGGGCUCAGGGGGUGCAGAGCAAUCCCAAGCUCUGGCCCCACCACUCCCCGCUGCCAGAGUUAUCCCCGAGGGUUUCCUCGGAUUUAUUCCAUCCCGGAGAUGGGAGCAGCGUGACGGGCGCCUCGGCUCCCGUCACAAAUCUGCACAAAUCUGAGCAGAGCAGGGCCCGGGCUCUCCCACUGUGAGCUCAGAACCCUGCCACGAGCAGCAGGGAAACCAGCCCAGGGCAGGGAGCCCACCAUCCCAGGCAGUGCCACAGCCCGGGGACAGCCCGGGGACAGCCCGGGGACAGCCCGGGGACAGGGACAGCACAGGACAGGGACAGCACAGGGACAGCACAGGACAGGGACAGCACAGGGACAGGGACAGCCCUGGGACAGCCCGGGGACAGCACAGGACAGGGACAGCACAGGGACAGGGACAGCCCUGGGACAGCCCGGGGACAGCACAGGACAGGGACAGCACAGGACAGGGACAGCGCAGGACAGGGACAGCACAGCACGGGGACAGCACAGGGACAGCACAGGACAGGGACAGCACAGGGACAGGGACAGCACAGGGACAGAACAGGACAGGGACAGCACAGGGACAGGGACAGCACUGGGACAGCCCGGGGAGAGCACAGGACAGGGACAGCACAGGACAGGGACAGCACGGGGACAGCAUGGGGACAGCACAGGGAGAGCACAGGACAGGGACAGCGCAGGACAGGGACAGCACAGGACAGGGACAGCACGGGGACAGCAGGGCCACCCCUGCCCAGGAGCACCAGAAAUGACCCUUCUGCAGCAGCACAGUGUAAGGACAGGGAGGGGACAGCAGAGUGCUGCUCCAGCCACAGGAGCUCCCCUUACCAGCCAAGGAUUGGAAUGCUCCUGAUCCCCCUGCUCUCCUUUCCCAGCUGCCAGCUGACAAACUGCAGCAAUGAUCCUUCUCCCAGUCCCUAUCCAGAGGGGGGAAUCUGUCCUUCCCUUUCGGGAUUUCUCAGCCCGAGCCAAGCACAGCUGGCACAGGACACGCUGUGGUUUCUGUGCAGUACCCUCAGCUCGGGCCCUUCCCAGCCCCACCAGAGUCAGAGGCACAGGGGUCCCGUUGACCCCCUGACAGCCGCUGAGGUGGGAGCCCCGAGUGAGAAUAACCCUCCAAGCCCAGCAGCAGCCUCGUGUUCCAGGGGGUGGCUGAGGGUGGGAUGGCAGGGCCAGGCUCCCCUCCCUCUGCUUUGUAGGUUUAUUUUUUUUUUAAUAAAUAUAAAACAUCCUUUUCUCUUGGGAGGGUGGCUAACUCUGGCUUGGAGGGGCAGCCUUUGAGAGGCGCUCAGCAUCUGUGAUGUGUCCCUGUCCCUUCAGGUGGGGCCGGGCAGGAGCUGCUGCACUCCGCUAAUGAGCCUGGUCCUUGCAGGAAUUUGGGCUCUGCAGGCGGCACCACGGUUCAUUAGGCUGGGAAAGCUUUCAAAUCUUAGAGGAACUGCUUUUCUUCUCCCCUUUAAGCGAACUGCUGAAAGCGCUGAGUUGUUCUUCCACAGGAUCUCAAAUCCACUGCUUUUUCAUUAUCCUUGACCUUUUUACAUUUUUUUUUGCCAUGAGGGGGAAAAAAAAAUCAGCUUUGGAGUAAAUUACUGCAAAUCCCUCCCCAAAAACAUUUAACAGCAGAGCCUGGGAGGCUGGGACAGGGGAGCAACAGCUCUCGCUUGCCGUUGUUUUCUGUAUAAAGAGAAUUUAAUGUCUGUUUGCAAAAAAUUAUGGAUACUAAAUCCCCGUGACUCAUUUAGGAAUGGCUUUUAUCAGGACAGGUGCACGUAUCCUCCCCAGUACUUUGUGUUAUGAGUGGCAGAGAGGCAAAGUGUGCGAUGGGACAGGAUCCCUUCCUGCGUGCUGCUCCUGGAGCCUUGGACUCUGCGUCUUGGCCCCAUCUCUUGGUCCCUGUGUUUGUGUCCCUGUCUCUUCAUUCUCACCUCUCGGUCCCCAUCUCUUAGUCCCCUUCUUUUGAUCCUGUUCUCUCCAUUCCCAUCUCUUGGCCCUCAUCUCUUGAUCCAUGUUUCUUUUUCCCCUUCUCUCCAUUCCCACCUCCUGGUCUCUAUUUCUUGAUCCCUAUAUCUUGAUCCCUAGGGGUCUCUUUUUCCCCUUCUCUCUGUUCCCAUCUCUUUGUCCCUGUCUCUUUUUCCCCUUCUCUCCGUUCCCAUCUCUUGGUCCCUAUUUCUUGAUCCCAUCCCUUGGUCCCCUUCUCUCCACAGCCAUGGAGGAGGGGAGGGCAGGGAGCAGGAGCAGGAGCAGGAGGAGGCUGCAGCCCAGGCUGAGCUCCCACCCCAUUCCCUGGACCCAAAAAAAGGCAUCAAAGACAAUGACAGAGUCACUCCCGGUGCGCGCAGGGCUGAGCUCUCACCCCCUCCUCUGGCUCCCAGUCCAACCUGAACAAACCCAAGAGCUCCGUGAUGUUCCUUGGGCUCAGCCCGGCUUCCCUCCCCGGGCUGGACACAUCUGGAGGGGCUGAGAUGUCACAGGGGUUUGGCAUGGCUGAUGUCACACGGGUUUGACACGGCUGAUGUCACACAAAUUUGACAUGGCUGAUGUCACACGGGUUUGGCACAGCUGAUAUCACAUGGGUUUGACAUAGUUGAUGUCACAUGGGUUUGGCACGGCUGCUGUCACAGGGGUCUGGAGGGACUGAUGUCACACGGGUUUGACAUGGCUGAUGUCACACGGGUUUGACACGGCUGAUGUCACACAGAUUUGACAUGGCUGAUGUCACACGGGUUUGACAUGGCUGAUGUCACACGGGUUUGACACGGCUGAUGUCACACAGAUUUGACAUGGCUGAUGUCACAUAGAUUUGACAUGGCUGAUGUCACAGGGGUCUGUAGGGGCUGAUGUCACACAGAUUUGACUUGGCUGAUGUCACAUGGGUUUGACACGGCUGAUGUCACACGGGUUUGACACGGCUGAUGACACACAGGUUUGACAUGGCUGAUGUCACACGGGUUUGGCACAGCUGAUGUCACACGGGUUUGACAUAGUUGAUGUCACAUGGGUUUGGCACGGCUGCUGUCACAGGGGUCUGGAGGGGCUGAUGUCACACAGAUUUGACAUGGCUGAUGUCACACAGGUUUGACAUGGCUGAUGUCACACGGGUUUGACACGGCUGAUGUCACACAGGUUUGGCACGGCUGAUGUCACCCAGAGCAGGAGGGACACCUGAGCCUGCCCAUCCUGUUCCCUGCUGUCCUGGCAGCCUCGGCGAGCGUCUCGCUCUCUGUUUCAACGCCUGAAGCACCUUUGUGCAAAAGGCCACGCUGUGAGAGAGCGCAUUUGGAGAAUUAAUUUCCCAGAGUUAAUCACCCUGGGCGCUGCUCUCCCGCUCCAGGGGCAGCGCAGGCCCGAGGCUCUGAGGAGCGCUCCUGCCGUGGCAUUUCCCUGCACAAGAUUGCGGAUCAGACACUUAAUUCCCGGGGAAAAAAGCAGCUGAGGGCUUUGACCUUCUGUUUGAAUACAGAAUUAGCACUCCAGUAAAGGUUAAUGAGCUCGAGGAGGGAGGAGAGGAUAUUUCUCCGGAACCCUUCUGAGGUGGGAUCCAGCAGGAGCAGGGCUCUGGGCAGGUCUGCCCUGGCAGCAGGAGCUGCUCCCCGGAGGGAGAGGAGGAUCUGUCAGAGGAUGGAGGGAACAGGGUUUCGCUGCAGGCCUUGGCUUUGUUCUCAGCUGAGAUCCCCACGGAGCGCACGGGCCCUUGCUCCGGGCGUUCCCAAUGCGUGCGUUUUCCUGAGAACUGUGAUCUUGACUUGAAUUCCUUUCCCUGCUUCCUCAUCCAGCUGGUGCCGGUGUAAAGGAAUUCUUUUGCCGUGUGGGGAAGGGCCCCAGGAUUGCUGCCAGGAUCGUCCCCUCUCGUUUGGCAUCUCAGCCCCUUUCACCAGCAUCUCUUCCAGAAGGGUUGGUUUGGCCAGUCCAGGCAGAAAACAAGCCAGCCUUUCCCCCAUUCCAAAACUUCCUCCAUUUCUAAUCCUCUCCCACCCAAAAUCAUGGCAUCACCGCUGUAAACGACAAAUCAGAGAAACCCUGGGGGGAGACCUCAAAUGAAUGGCAAGAACUAGGGCUGCUGUAAUUUAAUAAUCCCUUUAUCGUGUUCAUUACUUCUGUCAUCAAAGGCGCUUUACCUUGAACGUAGUGCUCACACCUCUGGAGAAACCUGGGGGCUCUGACAAGUGCUUUAAUAUUCUAACAGAUCACGAAUAUUUUGGAAAAGUGUCCUUUCCACAGGCUGAGGCAGAAAAGCAAACCCAAAACACAGCCCACCAGAGCAGGUUCUGCGCGGUACCAGCGACCUUAUCACAGAACCAGGGAGUGGUUUGGGCUGGAAGGGACCUUAAGGAUCAUCCAGUGGGGAUGGACAGUGCCUUGGGAGGGGUUAAUGAGAAUAAAGAACGCUUAGGUGAAAAAACCCCACAGCACGGAGUCAUUUGUGUUUGCUAAAUGUCGAGAGGCACCAGCUGAAAACAAAAGCCAGGCCUCGGAGGCAGCCAGGUCUGUGUGCAAUUAUCCCCUGGCCACCCAAAAUAUUGUCAUGGAACAGCUCCCAGCCCGGGUUCUGUCAGGGGCUUUCCCCAUUUUUCAGGUGGUUUCAGGGUCCUUUGCCCCCCUGCACAGCCCUGAGCCAAACCGAAGGAAGAGACGGAGUUUUCAGGUUUAGAUUUUUCAAGGUUGCGUAUUUCGUUUAUUGUUUCUUAUCUUACAAUUCUCUCAGAGUCUGACAAGAUGUUCGCAGCUGCAUGGACUCCUCACGUCUCCCCCCGAGCUGGGCUGUCCUUAUCUUUUAUACUAAUUGCUAUGUAUUUCCUAUUUACUAUUUCUCACCAAUGUCUAUCACUAUUACUAAAAAGGUCAUCUUUACUCUGACCCAGUCCUCACUAACUACUUUGUGCCACGUCACUGCAGAAAUGGAGUGAGGGAAGGAGAAGGAAGAAGAAGGAGACAACGCCCCAAAUUCUCCAUCUUGCUUCCAUUCACUUCAAUGCUAGGAAUCUAAAAUUACUAUUUUUUUCACCCUGUGAUAAGCUAAACUACCAUUUUUCACACUCUUGUGGCCUGUAAACCCCCUCUCAGUGUAGGAAGUUUUUCCCAUGGACUGAAAUCAAAGCCAGAGUCUCUCUGAGCUCCGGGCUCUGGGCUGGGGUCCCAGACCCCCCUGCCCAGGUCCCUGACCCUCCAGGGCAGCCAAAGGAAUGCCCUGGGCUCCAACAGGGUUCCAGUGCAGGGAAUAUCCAGACACAGCUUUGCUCUGGGGCAGGACCUGGCUGUGCUCUGCGGGGAGAUGGGCAGAGCCCUGGUGCCAGCAUGGGGACACCAUCGUCCUGCAAACCCAAACCCUCAAACCUCCCAAAUCCCUCGAAAUUUUCUCAAAACUCCAAGCUUGGAGCUGGUGACUGAGAGGCAAAGAGCGACUUGCACCAAGAAGCAGCCUUAGGGAAAAUGCUGGGGUCCAGCGCAGCUCCUGCCCUCCCCCUUUUCCUCCAGGGCACCUUCCUGCUUUUUCCCUCAAUGGGAUAAGUUCCUGGGAAGGACAGGAAUAACAUCCUGCUAUAGGGAAUAUCCCAGAGUCCCUCACAAAGCCACCCUUGGGUGUCCCAGUUCCCAGGGAGGGGUGACUCUCCCCAUCCCAACACCCCCUCCUAGUCAAUUAGAGAUGCAAAUGCACUUAGCAAAGUGCUCCUGCAGGUGUUCUUAAUUAAACCAGCCCACCCCGAGCCCACACGAAGCAAUCACCCCCCAAAACCCCUUCCUGCUCUCAGAUGUUCCCAAUCACUGCUGCGGGAUCCUGCAGGAAUAUUAUUUCUGUAGGACUAAACCAUUUGCUAAAUAAGCCACCUGUUAAAUAAACACUCCCACUCUCCAAAUAUUGUUAUUUUGUUUUCCAGCCCAUGCACAAUCUGGAUUUAUUUUAGAUGAAAGAAGAUAAUCACUAAAGAAAAAAAAAAAAAAAAAAAAAAGCCAAAAAACAGUAUUUUGACUAUUUGCAACUAUCCAUCUUGUGAGCACAUCUGCUCCUUUGCAAGCUGGCAGAGCUCUCACACUCAAAGAGAUUCACAGCUCCUUAUUCAGCCGGGAGCUAAUGAAUUUCCAUCAGCAGGCCUCGGCACUCUUCCCUUCUUUGUCACUUCUUCAAGCCUGAGUUGCUCCUACUCCCCAGCCUCCCUUUUCCGAGCUGCAUCUUCCCACAGGGACAAACCCCCAUCCAAGAUCGCUUUAGCAAAGCUGCCACGGGAGCGAGAAAAGAGUUUGCCUCCAGCUCAGUUACAAAAUCGCGUUUUCUGAGCUUUAAAAGCCAAGUUCACCCUUAUCCCACCCCGAGCCUGCCUGUGCAGGAACAUGCACAGCCCCUGGAAAAGGGCAGGAUGGGCAUGCUCAGGGACAGCGGGAUGGGAGGGAAUACUUCCCUGGAAGGGAUCUACAGAGGCUGAGCCCCAGCUGCAGGAUCUGAGCACCCUGGAGCACCCCAGUGCCACCGGAGCUGACACCCGGCCUUUUCUGCUCUGCAAUGAAUAGGGUACAUCACAGGGACCCACGGAAUUGUUCAGGUUGGAAAAGCCGUCUGAGAUUCUCAAAUCCAACCAUUCCCCAGCACUGCCAAGGCCACCCCUGCACCAUGUCCCCAUGUCCCACGUGCACAGGACAGUUAAAUCCCACAGGGAUGGGCACUCAGCACUGCCAAGGCCACCCCUGCCCCAUGUCCCACAUGCACAGGGAAUGAAAUCCCACAGGGAUGGGCACUCAGCACUGCCAAGGCCACCCCUGCCCCAUGUCCCACAUGCACAGGACAGUUAAAUCCCACAGGGAUGGGCA